AUGCCAGUCGAAGUCCGUCACUCACCUCCUCCCUUGCACCAGCCGGGCUCCGGGAACAUUCGACCCAAAGGUAUUUUGAAGAAUCCGUCCUUCUCAUCCUCAAGCGGCCAUCCAGGCUCUCCAACUAAAGACGAAUUUCACCUCCCACCACAUGUGCCCCUCGACCCAAAGGAAGAGAGAGAACUCGUGCUUCAAAAUACCCUCCAAAAUGCCGGCCACCGCCGCUCAUCUUCAGCCGCCAGACGGGCAUCCGCGUCACGCCGUCACUCUGCCGCGCUGGCCGCAAACCACGAAGAGGACCCCGAAAAGAUGCGUCUAAAGUGGGAUGAAGCAAACCUCUACUUGGCCGAGCAGGAAUCAGGCGGGCGCAUGAAAAUCACCGAGCCAAAGACCCCUUACCAAUACGGAGACACCAUGAUGGAAGAUGACGACGAGGAAGAUGUGGCUAUUGACCCGCGUUUCGUCAACGUCGAUGAAGUCGAAAUGGCCAAAGCCCCCAAGCCGAACAGGAGACAUCGUGAGAGCGAGAUCCCUGGUCUUGAGCUCGGUGAGCCGGAAGAGGAGCUGUCUCCGGGGGCAUCCCCAGAGGAUGACAGAAUUGUUCGGGGCUCGAAUAGCCUGUCAAGAGAGUCAAGCAAAGAGAAGCAUGUUAGUGUCAGUGAUGGCAGUGAUGUGGAUGGAUUCAAGGAACAGGUCGGCAUGCCCACCCGGGAGGAGCAGGAGAAACAUCGGCAGUUUGAGGAAAGGAGGAAGAAGCAUUAUGAAAUGAAGGACAUAAAGAAUUUGCUUGGACACCCUGAAGAAUUGGAUAUGGAAGAUGAUGAUGAGCCACCUAUUCCAGCCGUCAUGCCGAAAAAUCUACCCGAACGAUCGGUCAACGGUACCCGCUAG